AUGGCCUCCACUUCGAAUAACACCUCAUCCACGGCCAGUUCCUCGCAGGCUCAAGGGGUCCGACACUCUGUCCGUCAGCAAACGCGUACGAACCCUUCGCGAACCUCAAAGACAGCUGCCCGCUCGUUCUCCUCUCUCUACGGCCAACCUUCCAACGAUGCCCCCCAGACAUCCAACGUCCCGCACGGCUUCUACCCAGCCCUUACCCAUUUCACCGAUGCCAUCACCGCCCUGCCUCGAGAGUUCCGCCGCCAUAACUCGCUGCUGAAAGAGGUCGAUGCCAAAGCGUGGGCGCUCGAAGAGAAUCUGUACCAUCUGCUCACGAUCGCGGCCGACUCGGAACCGGUCCCCUGUCCGCCCAAUCCCGCGCCCAUUGUGGAUGGAGUGAUCAGGGAUUAUGCGCUGCCACCGGAUGCCCCUGUCGAGUCGCAGGAGAGCAAGAAUCGCAGGUUGCUCUUCGAUCGCAUCCGGCGCACGUUAUCCGAUUUGAUGAUGACGGCCGACGAGAAGAACCACGUAAUCACCAAUGCGAACGACGAGCUCGACCAUCAGCUCUAUCGCCUCGACUCUAUUUUCCCUUACAUCGCAGGGGAGAUCAGCGAGGAGUCCCGCCUGGGCAGUCUCAACCAUUGGGCCUACUCGAACCGGAGCAACGCGAAGACUUCGGGCUCGACAGCGAAUGAGCGUCCGCGCCGUGAGGCCGCGUCCAACAACACAGCGCAUCUGGUCCAGGCUAUCCAUGAGGCCGAAGCCGCGUCACGGAGUGAGGCCCGGCGCGAGGCCGUCUUGGCCCGCAAACAGCGCCGCAACCAUGGCGAGUCCGACUUUGAUGAGACCCGCGCUGGGGGUGCGCGCAAAGGUGCAGUGGCCAAGACAGACGCUGUCGCUGUCAGCACCGCGGCGCCGGCGAAGAGGAGGAAGGUCGAGAAACCCCAGCCCGCUCCGACGGGAGCAGCGCUGGAACGCUCAUUGAGUGGAGUCAACAGCGCUGGACGGGCGACGUCUAAGGAUGCUGCUGGCUCGGAUGCGAAGAGGAGAGCUCGUGCGCCUAACACUGCCUCGACUGCCGGCCGCAAGAGAAACAAUACCGUCACAUCGAAUGCAGGAUCCCCGUCUGCCGUCUCAUCCCCAGUGGUCGGGACCUUUAAUCCUCCAAGGAACGCAACCAGCCCAGGACCCAAUGCCCCCAGCCGGCCGCAGUCUUCCAGAGCCCAACAGAACACCAAUCAGGCCACCAAUGCUCGCCAACGCCCGCCGUCUUCGGCAUCCAACCGCGUCAAUAAUUCCAGUACGUUUCCCGGACCAGGAUCUGCCUUCGUAGUUGGUUCUUUUUCUUCUAACGCGGCACCCAUCGCAGAUAAAUCCACGGAUUCCAAGGCCAAUAAUACCAAGGAGGGGUCUAUCAAGGAAGGGACUCCGCAGGCAGCCUCAGGGGACGGCAAUCAUAACGAAACAGAGAGUGCCAAUACUGAUACCAAGGUCCCUGUGGCGACUGUUAGGGAUGAUCCGUCGGAGGAAAAGAUCGUGGACGAGUCCCAGGCCAUGGAAACGGCAGCUGCAGGCGGGGGUUCCACCAGCAAAGGACGGUCAUCGAAGAAUUCGACACCUGUUCUUUCUACAGUGGAGCCCCAGCAAUCGCGAUCUCGACCUUCCCGGAAUAAUAACGAUUCGGCGCCAGCGAAACGAUCCCACAAGAAGAGUGGCAGUAUCUCGGCGGCGCAGGCGGCUGCGGCGGCCACUGAGGACGAGGAGUCAUCACGCGAGGGGGAUGACGAGGACGAUGAGGGAGAACCCCGGUACUGCUACUGUAAUGAGAUCAGUUUUGGGGAGAUGGUUGCUUGCGAUAACGACGCAUGUCCGCGCGAGUGGUUCCAUCUGUCGUGUGUGGGGCUGACGAAGCCUCCAGGGAAGAACGUGAAAUGGUACUGCAACGAAUGCAAGGAGAACAUGAAGCGAGGCCGAAGUAACGGUGGAAGAUAG